AUGCUGUGGCGUAGUGCCGGUCUAGUCGCCCUAGCGCUUCAAGUUGCUUUUGCGGAUGAGCUCAGCUGCGACUUCCGGAGACCAUGCUGCUGGCAUUCGCUGAACGAAGAGGCGAAAUGGCAAGUGCGCAGCGGUCGCUCAAUCAACAUCAACGAGUUCCGGCGAACUUUUCUUGUAGGAAGGAGCCGGCUACCUCCAGUGGGAAACUACUUACUCCAGAAUGGUAAUCAAGUUUUGGCAGCGUUUGGGUCUUGUGCUUUCUGUUCCGCUGAUGGGAAGGUGACCGUCCAAUACAGACAUUGGCAGAGUCCAACGGCCCGUUUGAAGCUUUGCUGGAGAAGAUGGUACUAUCCACUCCAAGAAGAAAAUUGCUACGCCGCCGAACCGUCACGCCAAAGUCAAAUAAUCAGUCAGUUGCUCACAGUUCCAAGUGGAAAGGAUAUCCAGGUGCUGUUCGUAGUGGAGCGCUCAAAGGGCAGCGUAAAUGCUAUCGUGAUGCUUGACAGAGUUCUUGUGACAGUGACAAAAUGCAGCUCCAAUGGACAAAAGAAGGUGGAACUCGUCUCGCGGACUGCAAGAAUAGUCGUACCAGCUUCGGUGCAGACAACCGAAAAGAGAUACGGCACAGAAUCUCGUGCUGCUGUGUUGGGCUCAAAUGUACACAAACCGACUUCACGUAAAAUGGACUUGUCUCAGCUCGCGCUAACCGAUGAAAGGGUGAAAGCAAAACUUCUGGAAAAGGAAUCUGAGAGACAAUCUCCGAGACAGUGGUUGGCGGUAUCGGUCUCGAAACCAAAGGAACUCAAAAAACAGUCUGGAGAAGUUAGCGCUUCGAAGGAAUCGAACACACAUGCCAGUAGUCGAUCCAACGAGGAAAUGGCUUCAACAAAGGAAGUCUCUUCACCGCAGGCGCUUCUAACAUCACUUCCGGUGAAGAAGAUUCCAUCCAAGCUACCAAAACGUUUCAUUCCCGAUUCGCAUCAUUUAAAGCCACCAUCCAGUGGUACUCGAGCAAUGCCUCCUCCUUCUCCUCCGGCAAAGACGGAGAACUAUAAUCCGUUGGCUGAAUUGCUUGGCCAGGAACUGGUCGAUUUUCUUGAUCCCAAUUAUGUGUCAAAAGACGACGAUGAAGCGGAACCAGAUUACGACGAGGAGGAACUGAAGCUCUUCACACAAAGCACCUUACCUCAAGGAAAGAGCAUUGAGCCAUCAAGAGUCAAGGCGCAUAACUUUAGCAGCAUUCCAAAACAAACGCACAUCCCUACUAGUCCCACCCAAGUUCAGUUACCUCCUCCUUUGUCGGUGUUCCACAGACCAUUGUCGCUAGCUCCUCCACAGCCCUGCAACACAGUCGGAGGAUGUUUGUUUGACAGAAGCAUGUGCUCUUAUGUGCAUCCUGGACAUGUCCCCUAUGCAAACCGUUUCACAAGACUUAAAGUGGGAUUAUCGAACUUUAUAAGAGCACGUGUCCCACCUGGAGGAUCAUCUGUGCUAGAAACCGACACCAAUAUGAUGGAAUCACAUACGGUCUUCUUCGACGCACUUGAAUGGCAGCCCGGAACGCGACUUAUCGGAUGUUGCGCCGACAUCACUGGAGCACAAAAAUGUCCUUUCGCUACACCUUCAGAGGCGGGCGUCCUCCUCUGGCAGAGCGGCAGCUUCGAUUGUCCCGCAUAUACUGUGAAGAUACGGUUUAUUUGCGAGAAUUUUGGAAUAGAGCUUGGAGAAUGCGGAAUAGACAGUAUUCGAUUGCAUCGACUCUCGGACACUUUCCUACUAGAGCCAUGUCAGAAAAAUAUACUGUCAUCUUUAUGA